AUGCAAUCGGGCACUAACGAGCAGCCGGCCGUAAGAACGAUCUACUCGCAAGUAAUCGGCAGUCCUGGAAUUUUCGACCAGGAAACGAACGUAAAAAUAUAUUUCGCACGGCUUAAAAAUUUUUUUACUGCCAACGGAAUCACGCAAGAAAACAAGAAGAGGGCAAUUUUACUGACCUCGAUUUCGGAGGAAGUGCAUAAAACUCUGUUCAGUUUGUGUUUACCAGAGGACCCCGACAAUAAGAUUUUCGAGUCGUUAUCGGACAUACUGCUAAAACACUAUGAGCCGAAAAAGUCGUAUUUCGCCGCCCGUCACCAGCUCUACUUGGCUCGUAAGAAUCACGACGAAAGUGUGCCCCAGUGGGGUGCACGCGUACGUGAACUUGCUUCUUUAUGUGGUUUUGGGCCAGAGCUGGAGAUAGUAGUGAGGGACAUAUUUGUCGUCGGAAUGGGUUCCGGAAAGAUCCAGGACUGGUUACUGGAAGAGGACGCGUCAGCAGCAUCAACCACUUGGGCAAAAAUGAUGGAAGUGACAACCACUAGAGAGGCCAACAUCAACGCAAGCAAGGAGUGGUCAAAGGAAACGCCCGGGGCGUUCCAUUUCACCAAGCAGGAAGGGUCUCCAACACAGACGACACCAAAGCGGACAAGUGGACGAGGCCAAACCAACAGGAAAGAGAAGUGCCAGGUAUGCGGCCGUUCCAACCACGACACCGGACUAUGCAGGUUCAAAAAUUAUUCAUGUAAUACAUGCGGGGUAGCGGGUCAUUUGGCACCCAUGUGCAAAGAUAAAGGCAAUAAGCACAAGUCACAAAAUAAGUUUGUGACAGAAAAUGAGCGGUCAGGCGAUCACGAAUCUAGCGUAGAAUUAAUUGAUUCUUUUUUUACAAUUAACGAUAUUUCCCGAGAUAAGCUUAAAGUAGCUCCUUAG